AUGAGCCGGCGAGUCGUCCGGCAAAGCAAAUUCCGCCACGUGUUCGGCCAGGCUGGGAAAGCCGAGCAGACCUACGAGGACAUCCGAGUAUCCAAGGUCACAUGGGACAGCUCCUUCUGCGCUGUCAACCCCAAAUUCCUGGCCAUCAUCGUAGAGGCUGGAGGGGGAGGAGCCUUCAUCGUGCUGCCCUUGGCUAAGACAGGACGUGUGGACAAGAACCACCCGACCGUCAAUGGGCACACGGCUCCCGUGCUGGACAUUGACUGGUGCCCCCACAAUGACAGCGUGAUCGCCAGUGCCUCCGAGGACACCACCAUCAUGGUAUGGCAGAUCCCAGACUACACUCCAGUCCGGAACAUCACAGAGCCCAUCGUCACCCUGGAGGGCCACUCCAAGCGUGUGGGCAUCCUCUCCUGGCACCCCACAGCCCGAAACGUCCUGCUCAGCGCGGGAGGGGACAAUGUUAUCAUCAUCUGGAAUGUGGGAACAGGGGAGAUGUUGUUGAGCCUGGAUGACAUGCACCCCGACGUCAUCCACAGCGUCUGCUGGAACAGCAACGGGAGCCUGCUCAGUACCACGUGCAAGGACAAGACCCUGCGAGUCAUCGACCCCCGAAAGGGCCAGGUGGUGGCGGUGAGUCAGACAGUUCUCCUUUCUAGGACCCUCUGACCCCUCCCCAGGCUCCUAACCCUCAGCACCUCGUACCCUAGACCCUAACCUUCUUGCCUCGCCAGGUCACUGACCCCCUCGGUGCCGGUACUUUGAUCCCUUGCACACAGUGCCCUGACCCCCACCCUCUUCUCCUAUAGCAUUCCAGGCUUCUGACUCUCCCAGCACCCCAGAUCUCCUGGUCCUCUGUACCCCCAGCACCCUGACCCCUAGGCCCUCUUCUCCUAUAACAUCCAGGCCUCUGACUCUCCCAGCACCCCAGAUCUCCUGGUCCUCUGUACCCCCAGCACCCUGACCCCUAGGCCCUCUUCUCCUAUAACAUCCAGGCCUCUGACUCUCCCAGCACCCCAGAUCUCCUGGUCCUCUG